UCUGUCACGGGCCAUGCCCUUUUAUGAGCUUUGCUUAUUACACCGCAGCUGUGGCAAGCGAUGGAUUUAAAAGGCGCAACACGGACGUAACUGCGUCACGUGAUUAUCCCCGGCUAACGCGGGUCCGAAGCCAGUUCAGAGUUGCCAAAGAGACGCGACGGAUGUGGGCGGAGUCUCAGCCAGGACCAUCCAGAUGCAGACCAGGUUACUGCACUUACUGCAGAGUCGUCUACAACGACCUCGAUCAGCACCUGGCCAGUCUCAGACACCUGGAUUGUGUCCGAGAGUCCUCCAGGGGCUCCGCCGAUUCCACUUGUUCCUUUGCUGACAGCAGCCAAGCCAAAGGAACUCUGCUGGAGCGAUUCCUGCAGGAUGUCCUGUUGCACCACCCACACUGCUACAAUGACCCCAGACCGUCUCACGCGGACCUCCCGUCCAUCUGCGCUCCGCUUAUGCCAAGGGAGGAGCUCGAUGAAGUCUGUUUCUCUGGUGACGACGACUUGUCGUUGGGUACGCGCGAGCGCCUGCCCAGCUCGAACAACGUGUCGACGAAUCAGGAAGAAGAUGCCGGUGGUCCUUGUUGUCAAUUGGAGAAGAGACUAUCGGAGGGGGCGGGUCAGGAGAGGCCUUCGACUCAUGGAAAAGAGCAAGAGGAGGCAAGGACCAUCGACUCAAGGCAUACAACUGUGCCUAAACAUCGGGCUCCUCUUCCUGCGCACGGGAAGGCACACAGGAAGAUUGACAGGAGGAAAACCAGCAAGCCCCCGACGCCCGUCCCUUCAUCCGAGGCGCCACACGCAGACGCGUGCCCCUUGCCUCACUCUGUGCCGCAGCCUUGGCACAGCUGGCGGAAGGAGCGGUGGGCGGCUUUCAAAGAGGAGGCCUUUGGCACGCUGCGCGGUGACCUCGUGGACCAAACUAUUGAGGAGGUUAUCCAAACAUGUUGCCAUGGCGACAGUUUGACUUCCUUUCCGCUCGAGGAGACAGACAGCUUUCACGUCAGUCUGCCUCGCUCGCUUCAAACACAGAGUGACUGGGACUCCCCCGGACAGGUGGAUUCAUGUGUCCCGCCGGUACAGACGCCGUUGAGGGAUUUCAGCCAUCUGACUGACGUUCGGGUGGAUUUGACAGACCAGGUGUACUCCCAUCAGCUGGAAUCGGUCCUCCACAGCAAACGGCGACCGGUCCAACACGGGGUAUGCAGGACGGAACCGAGAGAAGUGCCGGAGUCCUUCAAAGGGAAGACUUGGUCCCAGAUCGAAGAGGAAGAUGAGAAGAAGGUUGAUGACCUGGUCCGACAGUUCAGACAAGGUCGUUUUGUCUGCUACUUCGACAGUGAAUCCCUCGCCAGGUGCGGCACCAGAAGCAAAAACGUGAACGGACCCGAUCAGACAGCGGCGGAGUCGGACAUGGGUCUUCUACCUUUGCUCGACCAUGAUGAGGAAGAAGUUCCAAGAAGGCGGGACUUCAGAAUGGCCUCCAGGUGUCAGGUGGUGAAAGUGAGUCAUGCCACUCAGACUGUCCGUUUGGUCGUCCCGACUGUCUGCCAACCAGCCCUAGAGGCCACGCCCACUCGCGUCCAUGCAGGCGAUCAGGCGGGAGCGAAAAAGACUCCUGAGGCACAGUGGUCUCGCCUCCCGCCCUCAUACUCACCCGUCAUCACGCCGCUGCAGCCGAGCACGUCUCUGGUCUACCUUCUCUGCUCCCCUACUUUUCCCGGCACCGCCCACACACCCGCCACAAGCCCCACCUCCAAACGCAGCAGGAAAAGACAACGGCCACCUGACUUUCACAGGCAGAAGGUCAAAUACAAACAAUUUCCCCUGCGCUUUUAUGACCACCGCACCAAUCGCAUCAUCAAGAACCCGCCCAAAAGUUUCAAGGUGAGUCAAAGCCCCGCCGCUUCCAACCCUUUGCCGCCAUGUGUACGUCAGCUGUUUCGAAGUCUGAGCCCGGACCUGAACACAGAGAGGUGGUCCGGGGAGGGUGGCUCGGAUUCUCCCAGGGUCAAAAAUCAGAAGCCGUCAAGCACUCCCAGCACAGAUUCAGCACGGACUCAUAAACACGAAACCUCUCCUCUGGUGCAUCGAAGUAGGUCUGAGGAGCCAAGAAUAGGUAGCGAAGAAAAGCCACGGCCCCCCAAGAGGAGGGUGAGAGUUCAGACCACACCUCCACCACCCAGGAGAUGUGGACUCCGUCGAAAGGACUCUGCAUCCCUGUCCCUUUCAGAGCCAAACCUCGGGCGAGGAAGGUCUCAGAGGAGGAGGUGCUGUGUAAAGACUCCAAAGUAGCACAGUUGUUACAACGCCAACACUUAGGGACCAUUUCAAAAUAAAAAAAAUAUAAAUAAAAAAAGGGAAUUU